AUGGGUAGGCUUUAUAAUACUGGUGAUGGAACAAUCCUCUCUGGUUCAACCAACGGUAGACUGGACACCAACAACUACGGUGGUCCCAUCGGCCGUCUAACUCCCGAGACACUUAUCGAGACCGUCGGCGAAGUUCUAGAUAUCGCUCAGAUCGCUGUCGUCAACUUUACGGGGGGAAGAAAUGGCGCAGGAAGUGCGAAUGCUGAUUCAGAUCGCUUCUUGAAUAUCUCCAUAGACGCUCACAAGCGUCUUUGUAGUCCCGAUUCGGACAUUGUUGGAGCUGUCAUGAUCCAUGGCACCAAUACCUUGGCUGACACAGUCUUUGGCGUUGACCUUACUCUCAACUGCUCCAAACCUUUCGUCGCCACAGGAUCGAUGCGCCCCAACUCUGCGCUCUCAGCUGAUGGACCGUCCAACUUUUACGACGCUGUUCGAACUGCCAUACACCCUGAGACUCGAGAUCGUGGAGCACUCAUUGCAAUGAACGAUCAUCUUGUCUCGGCGUUUUAUGCUACAAAGACCAAUGGUAACACUGUAUCAACUCUCUUGGCACCUGAUCAGGGGUACAUCGCACAGUUCAUGUCUGGACAGCCGUACUUCUUCUACUCUCCAUCUUUACCCAAGGCCAGGAACUAUUUUAAUCCAUUUGAGCUGAGCUCACCUUUACCAAAGGUUGAUGUUCUUUAUGGUCAUCAGGGCUUCGACGCUGAUCUUCUCUAUUCCGCGGCCAAAAACGGCGCCAAGUGA